GGAGGUGUUCAGAGUGGAGGGCUAGCGUGGAAGGGAGGGCGAUCGGCUGUGGAUCGACAUGCAGGGAUGAAGAAAGGGAGGUGAGAGGGAGGAGGGAGAGCGAAAGGGAAGUUACUGGGGAGAAGGGAGGAGAGAGGGAGAGAAGGAAACAGGGAGGGGAGCCUCCGUGGAGAUGGGGCUCCUCAAUUCCAGAUACUUCUGGGAUUGGAGACUGUUUGCCGGCGGGGAAACUCCGGCUCCGGCAGCCAGUUGGGCAGUGGCAAAGUAAAAUGGACAGCCAGAGACGAACGCUCAAGUCACUUCGCUGCCGCUCGCAAAACCCACAGCUGCUCGCCGCCCAACUCCAGCUUCCCCGCGGGAGCCUCCGAGCGCACCGGACCGCGCCUGCGAGGUGCUGCUCAGAGAUGUCUUCGCCAGAGCAGUAAGAACUUCCAGCCGGGAGUCCCUGCCUCCACUUCCUCCGAAAACAACCCCUGGGAAAAGGGGCGGAAGACAUUCGGGGGAGGGGUGAGGGGGACCCUUGCACAGCUCCGUCUCCCCUCCCCCUCCCCCCGCCGGGAGCACCUGCAGGGAUGGAGGUGCUGGACACCGGCCGGGGUAACAACACCACGUCCUCCCAGGAUCCGCUCGGGACCGGCAGUAACGCUACUGGCAUCUCCGACGUGACCUUCAGCUACCAAGUCAUCACCUCCCUGCUGCUGGGCACGCUCAUCUUCUGCGCGGUGCUGGGCAAUGCGUGUGUGGUGGCUGCCAUUGCCCUGGAGCGCUCCCUCCAGAACGUGGCCAACUAUCUCAUCGGCUCGCUGGCGGUCACCGACCUCAUGGUGUCCGUGCUGGUGCUCCCCAUGGCCGCGCUGUACCAGGUGCUCAACAAGUGGACUCUGGGCCAGGUCACCUGCGACCUGUUCAUCGCCCUUGACGUGUUAUGUUGCACCUCGUCCAUCCUGCACCUGUGUGCCAUCGCGCUGGACAGGUACUGGGCCAUCACGGACCCCAUCGACUACGUGAACAAGAGAACGCCCCGGCGCGCCGCUGCGCUCAUCUCGCUCACUUGGCUCAUUGGCUUCCUCAUCUCUAUCCCGCCCAUGCUGGGCUGGCGCACCCCCGAAGACCGCUCCGACCCCGACGCGUGCACUAUCAGUAAGGACCAAGGCUACACCAUCUAUUCCACAUUCGGCGCUUUCUAUAUUCCGCUGCUGCUCAUGCUGGUCCUCUAUGGGCGCAUUUUCCGAGCUGCGCGCUUCCGCAUCCGCAAAACAGUCAAGAAAGUGGAGAAGAAGGGGGCCGACACCCACACCCGCUGUGCUGCAGCCUCGCCGGCCCCACCGCCCCGGAGGAGCGUGAAUGGAGAGCCAGGGAGCACAGACUGGAGGCGGGGCGUGGAGAGCAAAGCUGCGGGGGCUGUGUGCGCCAAUGGCGCGGUGAGGCAGGGUGACGAAGGCGCCGCCCUGGAGGUGAUCGAGGUGCACCGAGUGGGCCACUCCAAGGAGCACCUGCCGCUUCCCAGCGAGACAGGUACGGCCGCCUGCGCCCCUGCCUCCUUUGAGAGGAAGAAUGAGCGCAACGCCGAGGCAAAGCGCAAAAUGGCCCUGGCGCGCGAGAGGAAGACGGUCAAGACCCUUGGCAUCAUCAUGGGCACCUUCAUCCUCUGCUGGCUGCCCUUCUUCAUCGUAGCCCUGGUCCUGCCCUUCUGCGAGAGCAGCUGCCACAUGCCCGCCCAGCUGGGCGCCAUUAUCAACUGGCUGGGCUACUCCAACUCCCUGCUUAACCCUGUCAUUUAUGCCUACUUCAACAAGGACUUUCAAAACGCGUUUAAGAAGAUUAUCAAGUGCAAGUUCUGCCGCCGAUGAUGCUGUGAGGGAGUGGCAGGCCAGCCGGGGCUGUAGGGACCCACUGUAUUUCGUGGACUUCCCCAGCUCCUGGAACCAGCGUUAAGAUAACUUGCUACUUUGUCCUCCGACCUUCUCAGCUACUGCGCCCCAG